CUGGCAAACCUUAGCUGUGUUGUUGUACCGCUGGCUUCAGCACCGUGCAGCGAGGAGGAGCACUGACUUGCAGCAAUGUCGCUGUACGAUGACCUCGGUGUGGGUGCCAGUGACACCAAGACCGAAGGAUGGUCCAAGAACUUCAAGCUGCUGCAGUCCCAGCUGAAGGUGAAGAAGGCAGCUCUGACGCAGGCCAAGACCCAGCGGAUGAAGCAGACUACUGUCUUGGCGCCUGUCAUUGAUCUAAAGAGAGGAGGUUCCAGUGAUGAGCGACAGAUCAUUGACACUCCUCCACAUGCUGCUGCUGGACUCAAGGAUGCGGUUCCCAGUGGUUUCUCUUCCGGCGACGUGCUGAUACCGUUGGCAGAUGAGUACGACCCGAUGUUCCCCAACGAUUAUGAGAAGGUGGUGAAGCGACACAGAGAGGAACGACAGCGACAGAGGGAGCAGGAGCGACAGAAGGAGAUCGAGGAGAGGGAAAAGAAGAGGAAAGACCGGCAUGACGGUGGAGCUCCGAGCGGCUUCUCUCGCUUCCCGGCGGCAGAGGAAGACUCAGAUGAGGAGGAGGAGUAUGAGAAGGAGCGGAGGAAACGAAGUAUGGGCGGAGCAGCCAUCGCCCCUCCGUCUUCACUUGUGGACAGAGAUGGCUCCGCUUCGUAUUCCUACGAGGAUGAGGGUCGCCCUGCCAGAGGCUCCAAGGCUGCCAUCCCUCCACCGAUGUACGACGACUCAGACCGGCCACGUUCACCGCCCGGCCCGACCAGCUCCUUCCUGGCCAACAUGGGGGGUACGGUGGCCCAUAAGAUUAUGCAGAAGUAUGGCUUCAAAGAAGGCCAGGGUCUGGGGAAGCACGAGCAGGGCCUGAGCACAGCGCUGUCUGUGGAGAAGACCAGCAAGAGAGGAGGGAAGAUCAUCAUAGGCGACGCAGCAGAAAAACCAGGGUCCAGCCAGUCAGGUGCUGCUGAGACUUCAAUCGGAGGCUCUGCAGCGGAUUCUUCCAAGAAGACGGAGGCUAACCCGCUCACAGAGAUCCUCAAAAACCCGACCAAAGUGGUCCUGCUGAGGAACAUGGUGGGCCGAGGAGAAGUGGAUGAAGACUUGGAAGGAGAGACCAAAGAAGAAUGCGAGAAGUACGGCAAAGUGGUGAAAUGUGUCAUUUUUGAGAUUGCAGAAGUGCCAGAUGAUGAAGCUGUCAGGAUAUUUCUGGAGUUCGAGAGAGUGGAGUCAGCCAUCAAAGCCGUGGUGGAUCUGAACGGACGUUAUUUCGGCGGGCGAGUCGUCAAGGCCUGCUUCUACAAUCUAGACAAGUUCCGGGUUUUGGACCUCGGCGAGCAGGUCUGACGUCUCUCUGGGAAGCUAAACCAGCACCAACAGACACUUUUAGCACACGUCAACUCCCCACUUGUACAUAAACCUUUUUUUAUUUUCCCUGAAGAGCAGCGUCUGUAUGUAGUCUAUCUUGUAGAUGACUGACUGUGAUUAAAAGACACCUUUAUGUCAAGACUAAAUAAAGGGUAUAAACUACUA